AUGUCUGAGGUACAUGGAGAUUCAGAGCUCGUUCCACCGGGCCCUGACAUCGAUUAUCCCCUCGCGCUCACUCCAAGACAAGUUACGCUACGAGACCGAGUGACGGUGGCAACUCUGGUCCCUUUCGCCUCGCCGGAGGAUGUCCCCCGGGCGUUGAUGAAGUAUCUCUCCGAUCAAUUCAACAAGGAAAUUGAAAAAGGAGAUACUUAUGCAAUGUCCGAACCAAUUCCGUUGGCCCAGUUUGGCAGAUAUUGGUUCUCCAACUUUGGUGUCGUGAUGCUCCUGGGGGACAUUGAGAGCGCCGAGCAGACCCAUAGUAUGGACCGGGCGGGUGCCAAUUGGACCAAAGCCUGUCUCGGUGGUUUUCACAUUCGACCCAACUACCCGGGCCGGAGCAGUCAUGUCUGCAACGGCACCUUCAUUGUCACCGAUGCCGCACGAAACAAAGGUGUAGGUCGAUUGAUGGGAGAAGCGUACUUGGAGUGGGCCCCCCGACUUGGAUAUACGUAUGCAGUUUUCAACUUGGUCUAUGAGUCUAAUGUUGCCUCAUGUCGGUUAUGGGAUUCUCUCGGCUUCAAGCGAAUCGGCCGAGUGCCCGGGGGAGGCCAGAUCAAGUCACAGCCUGGCGAGUUCGUUGAUGCAAUUAUCUACGGUCGAGGCCUCAGUUUGGAUGGCGAAGAUUCCGUGUCUCAAGACCGCUUUGAGAAGAUUCGUUAUUAUCUCAAACACGCCAAAUACCCCCGUGGAGCUGAUCGCGCCGAAAAGAGCCGACUGCGCAGUGCGGCCACUCAUUAUAAGCUGCUCGGUGGCGAAGAGGGCUCGCCAGAAAGAUUGAUGCUGAAAGACAAGGAAGUGGUGUCUGAUCCACAGCAACAGUACGAUAUUGCCCAAGAAGUUCAUCUCAAACAACAUGCCGGAAUCAACAAAACCACUGCAGCCAUCGCGGUCAAGUACCAUUGGGUGCGGAUUAAGGAGACUGUUAAUCGCGUCAUACGGGACUGUCCACAGUGUAAGGAAACUUUGAAAGCACCCCCCAUCCCAGGGAUGAAAGAGGAUGAUCGCUCGCCCUCAGAAACAAUGUCUGGGAUGGAAAUGGAAAGUAGUAUGGAACCGCCCCAGAAGGAGGAGCCAGCCCACGUUUCACAGGCGAUGGACGAAGCGCCGGACGAGGCACCUAAUUUCAACCCCCUCUUACAUCAACCCGCUUCCACCAUGCCGAGUCCCUCUCACCCUAUGCCUGGGUUCCCAUCUAUGCCACUCGACCCCCAGAUGAUCCAAAUACAGCAGCAGCUACGCCGCUACCAACAGCAAAAUCCAAUGGGCCAAUACCCUCCGGGGACAGCCCUUGUUGACAUGUCCAACUUUGACGAUGCGAUGCGUUAUCAUACAGCCAACAAUGCUUACCAGUUGAUGGUCGGAGAAGCUCCUGACUUGUUCCCGCAAGACAUGCUUGGGAUGGCGAAUCCACCGCACGACAUGCAGCAUGACCCCGAAUUACUCAACAAAUUUGAAUACGGAAGUCCAUCGGAUGGGAAUUAUGAUUUUACGUGA